CACGCCGUUCUCAUCGCGGAUAGGCCCAAUCUUGCUUUCUGCGGAAGUCCCGCCCCCUUGUCAAGAGACCAAACAGAAGCGCGCUGCCGGUCUCCCCGCGAGCGAGCGCUAAGCGUAGUCCCGACUCCGACCUUAGGAUGCCCUUCCCCCAACCUCUCACUCUCCAGGCGCAGCUACGCGGCUCCCUCUGGUGGAGCUGCGGCGGGCAAUCGGAAAUCGGCUACUUUGGCCUGUCUCCUCCCUGCAGCGCGCGCUUUGAGUGCCCGGCUCGGCCUCCGCUCCCGCGCGGUUGGGAGUGUCCAGCGCCCUCCGCGAUUUGGGCUCCAGCGGGCAGGGUGACUUCCUUUUUCUGCCCACUCUGGUAACUUAUUGCUCUGCUGGGCUCUUUCCCUUAGGGUCUCUGGCCCUGUUCUUGCCCCAGCAUGACUUUUAUCGGGACGCCGUUGUGGAAGCCUCACGCAGGAGCCCUGCCCCCGUGGAGAAGAUCCCACUGGUGACUCCAACCCUACCACCAUGAAUGGGGUCCUGAUCCCCCAUACGCCCAUCGCAGUGGACUUCUGGAGCCUGCGCCGGGCUGGCACCGCACGUCUCUUCUUCUUGUCUCACAUGCACUCGGACCACACCGUGGGCCUGUCUAGCACCUGGGCCCGGCCCCUCUACUGCUCCCCAAUUACAGCCCACCUCUUGCAUCGUCACCUACAGGUAUCUAAGCAAUGGAUCCAAGCCCUGGAGGUUGGUGAGAGCCAUGUAUUACCCCUAGAUGAAAUUGGACAAGAGACCAUGACCGUAACCCUCCUCGAUGCCAAUCACUGUCCUGGUUCUGUCAUGUUUCUCUUUGAAGGAUAUUUUGGAACCAUCCUCUACACAGGUGAUUUUCGAUACACACCAUCCAUGCUAAAGGAGCCAGCCCUGACACUGGGGAAACAGAUCCAUACUUUAUACCUAGACAACACCAAUUGCAAUCCAGCCCUGGUUCUUCCUUCCCGACAAGAAGCUGCCCACCAGAUUGUCCAGCUCAUUCGAAAACACCCACAACAUAACAUAAAGAUUGGACUCUACAGCCUGGGAAAGGAAUCACUGCUGGAGCAGCUGGCCCUGGAGUUUCAGACCUGGGUGGUAUUGAGUCCUCGGCGCCUGGAGUUGGUACAGCUACUGGGCCUGGCAGAUGUGUUCACAGUGGAGGAGAAGGCUGGCCGCAUCCAUGCCGUAGACCAUAUGGAGAUCUGCCAUUCCAACAUGCUGCGUUGGAACCAGACCCACCCUACCAUUGCUAUCCUUCCCACAAGCCGAAAAAUCCACAGCUCCCACCCUGAUAUCCACGUCAUCCCUUACUCUGACCAUUCCUCCUACUCCGAGCUUCGUGCCUUUGUCGCAGCACUGAAGCCUUGCCAGGUGGUGCCCAUUGUAAGUCGGCGGCCCUGUGGAGGCUUUCAGGACAGUCUGAGCCCCAGGAUCUCCGUGCCCCUGAUUCCGGACUCUGUACAGCAAUACAUGAGUUCUUCCUCUAGAAAACCAAGCCUUCUCUGGCUGUUAGAAAGGAGGCUAAAGAGGCCAAGAACCCAAGGUGUUGUGUUUGAAUCCCCUGAGGAAAGUGCUGAUCAAUCUCAAGCUGACAGAGACUCAAAGAAGGCCAAGAAAGAGAAACUUUCUCCCUGGCCUGCGGACCUUGAAAAGCAGCCUUCCCACCAUCCUUUGCGGAUCAAGAAGCAGUUGUUCCCAGAUCUCUAUAGCAAAGAAUGGAACAAUGCAGUGCCUUUCUGUGAGUCUCAAAAGAGGGUGACUAUGUUGACGGCCCCACUGGGAUUUUCAGUGCACUUAAGGUCUACAGAUGAGGAGUUUAUUUCUCAAAAAACCAGGGAGGAAAUUGGUUUAGGGUCCCCCUUGGUACCCAUAGGAGAUGAUGAUGGAGGUCCAGAAGCCACAGGGAAUCAGAGUGCCUGGAUGGGCCAUGGUUCUCCCCUGUCCCACAGCAGCAAGGGCACCCCUCUUCUAGCUACUGAAUUCAGGGGUCUAGCACUGAAAUAUCUUCUGACUCCAGUGAACUUUUUCCAGGCAGGGUAUUCUUCCAGGAGAUUUGACCAGCAAGUGGAAAAAUACCAUAAACCCUGCUGAAGACAGGAGAGUACCGAAUGACAACAUUGAGCCCACACUGCAGUUUUGAAGAUAGUAACUGAUGGCUGGUGGGAAAGAGUUUGUUUUUGGGGCCUGCUUUUCUAUCUUUACAAGACUCUUAUGGGCCCACCGUGGAGCAGCACUUCCCAAAACUUGUUCACUGGGGUCCUCGUGCCUAUGGAAUCCUUCUUUUUAUAAUUAAGUUUAAGAAAUACUUUUUUUAUAAAAUCUUUGGAGUAUGCGUGAGCAAAUUAAAAGUUCUUUGAAGUCCUACAGUAA